GGGGACGGGCUCGGAGCCUCGGCGGCGGCGGGGUGAGCGCGUCUCGUUUGCCGAGCUGGAGGAGGAAGGAUGAGCAAGGGCAAGGACGAUGCCCCGCACGAGCUCGAGAGCCAGUUCGUGCUGCGGCUGCCGCCGGAAUAUGCCUCCACUGUGCGGCGAGCGGUCCAGUCCGGGAAUGUCAACCUGAAAGACAGGCUCACCAUUGAGCUGCACGCGGAUGGGCGCCAUGGGAUUGUCCGUGUGGACCGGGUGCCACUGGCAGCCAAGCUGGUGGAUCUGCCCUGCAUCAUCGAGAGCUUAAAAACCAUCGACAAGAAAACCUUCUACAAGACAGCGGAUAUUUGCCAGAUGCUUGUUUGCACCGUGGAUGGUGAUCUCUACCCCCCUUUGGAAGAGCAGACUGUGAGCACUGACCCCAAGGCAAACAAGAAGAAGGACAAGGACAGAGAGAAGAAAUUCAUAUGGAACCAUGGCAUCACUCUUCCCCUGAAAAACGUGCGGAAGAGGCGAUUCCGGAAGACAGCUAAGAAGAAGUAUAUUGAGUCUCCUGAUGUGGAAAAAGAGGUGAAGCGUCUCCUGAGCACCGAUGCCGAAGCUGUCAGUGUCCGCUGGGAAGUCAUUGCUGAAGAUGAAACAAAAGAAGUGGACAACCAUGGUUCACUCACCAGCCUGGACAUCUCUUCCCCAGGGAUGUCGGGACACAAGCAAGGCCACGGCUCCUCAGAACACGAUGAACUGCGGGAGAUAUUUAAUGAUAUCAGCAGCAGCAGCGAGGACGAAGAUGAGAGGGAUCAUCAUGACGACGAAGACCUGAACAUCAUGGACACUGAGGAAGACUUGGAGAGACAGCUGCAGGACAAGCUGAAUGAGUCUGAUGGGCAGCAGCAGGAGAAUGAGGGGUCCAACCAGAUUGCCAUGGGGAUCCAGAAACAGAUUGACAAUCUGAAAAGUAAACUCCAGGAAACUCAAGACAGGAGGAAGCGCCAGGAGGAUCUCAUCAUGAAAGUGGAGAACCUGGCCCUCAAGACCCGUCUCCAGGCUGUCCUGGAUGAGUUCAAGCAACAGGAAGAGCGAGAGAAACAGCAGAUGGCAUCCCUGCAGGAGCAGCUGGAGUCCCUCAUGGAGAAAUGAGGAGUGGGCUUGGGUCUUUGUGAGCAGAGCUGAAAGUGGUGGUCACCUGCCGUGCUGAAGUCUUUGCUUUACUCACACACUUCUGCUGCCAGAAGUGGUGCUGGGCAGUGCUAGAGGUUCCAUGUCCAGAGCUGCUUCCGCAUCCAUUGUGCUGGGUUUGGCUGGUGGAGCUGAAGAACUGGACUGUGCCUGUGAGAGCAGCCAAAGCACCGGAUUUACUGUAAAUACUCACUGAUCACCCUGGGACAGCACAGUGUUGGUUUCUGCAUCUUAUUGAAUCUGGGGCUCGAUGGGCUGUGGCCUGGUAGGAGCUUGUUCUUGUGUUUGAGGAAACUCUAAGCAAACUCUAAUAAAGUACCAUUUCCAGCCCUG